AGUUUUUGUAUAGGGCUAACUUGACUUAGAGUGCACUUCCUGUCAAGACACUUCGGAGGAGGAGCAAAAAAACAUCCGAGGAGGGGAAGGUGUCACCAACUGAUGGAAACAGUUCAAACAACGAAAAAACGAACGAUAAUCGGCACCUGCCGUAGUCGCGAAAGAUGCUGACUUCAUUGUGACAGCGACUAGGGAGCAUCCGGCCAACGCCACAAGCAGAUGACCCACCAUGGCUGCACGGCAUCAGAGACCAGCAGACAUGGUAGAUGGCUCAGUGGAGUCCAAAAGGAAAGAGAAAAAGUGCUCCUGGGCAUCCUACAUGACCAACUCCCCUACUGUGAUUGUGAUGAUUGGAUUGCCCGCUCGUGGGAAAACAUACAUGUCCAAGAAGCUGACGCGCUACCUCAACUGGAUUGGAGUGCCGACAAAGGUAUUCAACCUUGGAGUUUAUAGGAGAGAAGCUGUAAAGUCAUACAAAUCCUAUGACUUUUUCAGACAUGACAACGAAGAAGCCAUGCAAAUACGAAAGCUUGUGUGUUCUUAUACUUUUUUUAAAUACAGACAAUGUGCUCUGGUGGCACUGAAAGAUGUGAAGUCCUAUCUGAAUGAGGAAGGAGGACAGAUUGCUGUAUUUGAUGCUACUAACACCACCAGGGAGAGGAGGGAACUUAUCCUUAGCUUUGCCAAGGAAAAUUCAUACAAGGUGUUUUUUGUGGAAUCUAUAUGUGAUGAUCCAGACGUAAUUGCUGCAAACAUCCUGGAUGUGAAGGUGUCCAGCCCAGACUACCCAGAGAGAGACAGAGAAAGUGUCAUGGAUGAUUUUCUUAAGAGGAUAGAGUGUUAUAAAGUAACUUACCAGCCUUUGGAUCCAGAUGAACAUGACACGAACUUGUCCUUCAUUCAGGUCAUUAAUGUUGGCCGCCGAUUCCUGGUAAACAGGGUACAAGAUUAUAUUCAGAGUAAAAUUGUCUACUACCUCAUGAACAUCCACGUGCACUCCCACUCCAUUUAUCUUUGUCGACAUGGAGAGAGCCAUCACAAUCGGCAAGGACGAAUUGGUGGGGAUUCUGAGCUGUCGGACAGAGGGAAAGAGUUUGCUGUAGCACUGAAAGGUUUUGUUGAAGAACAUCGUCUGUCAGAUCUGAAAGUUUGGACCAGUCAACUGAGGCGCACCAUUCAAACUGCAGAGGAGCUUGGUGUUCCGUACGAACAAUGGAAGAUCCUUAAUGAGAUUGAUGCUGGAGUGUGUGAAGAGAUGACAUACAAACUCAUUGAGGAAACAUACCCAGAUGAGUACGCCAUGAGGUACCAGGACAAGUAUCACUACCGCUAUCCUGGAGGAGAAUCCUACCAGGACCUGGUGCAGCGGUUGGAGCCGGUAAUCAUGGAACUGGAGCGACAAGGCAAUGUUCUGGUCAUCUGUCAUCAAGCCGUCAUGCGCUGUCUGCUUGCCUACUUUUUGGACAAGAGCGCAGACGAUCUUCCAUACUUGAAGUGUCCCUUGCACACUGUCCUCAAACUAACCCCUGUGGCUUAUGGUUGUAAAGUGGAUUUGUUUGACCUGAAGGUGGAAGCUGUCAACACUCACAGAGACAGACAAUUAAAGAAAGAACGAGGAGAAAUUCCACCAGCUUUCUACCGGAGGAAUAGUUUCACGCCACUGUCCAGCCAUGACCAAGUCAAGCGGCCACGCCUUUACAGCGCCGACAAUCCUCCUCAGCAUAGCUUGUCUCAGAUAUCCAUUUUACCCAGCGUGCAAUUCUCUGAGGCGGCAGAGGGCAUGGAGCUGCGCGAAAGAGAGGACUCCCUUAAUGGUUUCAGUGCAGGGGACACAGACUGUGAUGGCAGUGAAAGAAAAGAUGUUUUCAGCUAGUCCCGACGUACGUCGCUGAGCGAAUGUCUGGAUUGGCUUGGCUGCUGUGUACCUCCCACUUGAACUGCUGCAAUUAGUCAGUUGACAAAAUCACUGUACAAAUCUAGCAUACAAAAAAUGACUCCGUCCAUUAGUUAUUAGCAAAAAAGUAGAUACCUUGUGGGUGUCAUAAUGUAAUCAUGUGGGAGAGCUCAAUUGUUUAAGUUCGCAUUUCUUUCCUCUUUCAUUGUUCACUUCCGUCGUGUUAACUCAUUGGCUGCCUUUGAUGGCAAUAGACGUCCAGUAGAUUUCAAAUGGGAUCAUCCGGGUGAAAGGAGUUUUUGUUUGUUUUUGUGUUUUGUCCCUAACUGGUCUAGCAUUUUUUCUGAUGCCUGCUCAGAACAGAUAACAAGAAUGUCAACCAUGAAUGUAGAUAUGCUGAUGGGAACUCCGAUUAGAAUGGCAUGGUUGUUCUAUUCGUUUUAUUUUCAUAUUCGUAACCCAUCUAGUAUAUAGAACCUUUGAAAAUACUUUUCAUUUUAAUAUGAUAUUAAAAACUUUAUUUCUACGUAAUUCGCCGUUGUUGUUGUUGUUUACAUUGCAAUGUGGUGACGCGAAACGGUGCAGCAGGCUGUACCGAUGAGUAGGGAUGGGAAUCGAAAUCCGAUUCCAAUUCGGAACCGGUUCCGAGUGUUUCGAGGCCUCGACAUCACAAUGAAAAAGCCUUAACGAUCUCUUUAACGAUUCCUAAAGACGCGUAUUGCGUCGUGACAUGUGUUGUUGUCCAGACGCAUCAAACUAGCAUGGCGCCAAGAACCACUCGCUCCAAAGUUUGACUACACUUCACCAGGAAAGAGUGUGAAAAUGAAAGGUGACGACGGGUAUAAGCACGAGCAUUGCAGCCAUAAACAUAACAAUGACAGCACGUAGGUUCAAACGCUCGAAAGUGUGUCUUCACUUCACGAGGAAAAAUUACAACAAAGCGACUUGCAGUCAUUGCAAGUCCCGGCUAUACAGCUAGCUUAACUCCCAAAUGACGAUGCAGAAGACGUUGGUAUAAUUUGCUGACUUUAUUCAACCAUCACUUGAAGAGUGACACAAACAAUAGAAAUGAAACAAAUCAAUUUUGUCCCCAAUAACAAACAGGUUUGCAUCAACGUAAAUCAGCGAUGAUUAGCUGCUAGUAACAGUAUGGUUAGCAUUCGUUCGCUAGCAUUAGCACAUCGUUCAAACCACUACACAACUGGAUUUAAGUGUCCGAUCGCGAUUGGAAACACAACAACAACAACACAAAAGAUGAUACAUACAGGCGUUGCCUCUGUAGAUAUUAACAUUAAUUAACAAAGAAGUAGGCUCGUAGAAGUGUUUCCCUCUCUCACUCACUUGGAUGCGGCAUUUCUUCUUUGGGUGUAUGCGCGCUCCAGCAGUCCUCAAACUGCGGCCCACGGCCCAAAUACGGCCCGCCUCCACAUUUGGUCCGGCCAUUUUGAAAAUUUUUUUUUUCCCUCAAUCGUGUUAUUUAUUUUCUGGCCUUUUCCUUGAAGAAUUCAGAGAGGGUUAUUUGGUUAUUAUCUAUUUAAUUAAUAGUGUUUUUAUUAUUAAUUAUUAUUGUUAUUAUAAUGAAUCCAGAAAGGGUUAUUUGAUUGUGGCUUCUGAAAAACAAUAUUUUUUUACAUUUAUGCACUUCUGCAAUCGUCACACUUUUUCUGUAACAAACUGACCCCGGCCCCUCAUCAGAGAAGGGAAAAGUUAUGUGGCCCUCACAGGAAAAAGUUUGGGGACCCCUGCUUUAACACAUAUUGCCAAAGGCAGAACAAAAACCUAUCUGCCAAUAUAUACCAAUAUUUUUUAUUUCUAUUAGAUAAAUGUUUCAGUAAAAUGUUACACAUUCUUGUGUAUUUGCCACUUAUUGCCACAGUUAACAUUGAGGCUUUGGGCCUCUUUUGAUCUCGUUGUGAGUUUGUAAGGUUGUGACUUCUGAUUAAACAAACUCGAUGCCAAUCAAAAAGUUUGUUCUUUUUCCCCAAAUUAGAAUCGAUAAGAGAAUCGAUAAAGAAUCGAAUCGUUAAGCAAUAUCGAUAAUGGAAUCGGAAUCGUAAAAAUCCUAUCAAUUCCCAUCCCUACCGAUGAGCCUAGUAAGCCUUUACAGUUCGGGUCCAUGCUAAAAUUGCAAGGAAAAAAAUGAAGACUCACCAAGACCAAAGUAAAAAUCGAACUGAAAAUAUGGACAAGAUGCAGAAGGAAUCUUUAGCCGGUCAAAUUCUAUGGUGUGUCUCAGGUAAAUGUUCACUGAUGCCAAUGCAGAUGUAAAUGCCUGGUGGUUUAGUUGGCACCAGUCAACCAGUCUCACAAGGCUCCACUAAUCAAAAUUGAGUACCGUAUUUUCCGCACUAUAAGGCGCAUCGGAGUAGAAGGUGCACCUUCAAUGAAUGGCCUAUUUUAAAACCGUUUUCAUAUAUAGGGCGCACCGCAUCAUAAGGUGCAGUAGUAGUGGUUGGGGUUGUGUUACACAUCCACUAGAUGGUGCUGCGCUAAAAGGAAUGUCAUGCCAUGAUUAACCAGUAUUGAUCCAUAUAUAAGGCGCAUCGGAUUAUAAGGCGUACUGUCUGCUUUUGAGAAAAUUGAAACCUUUUAGGUGCGCCUUAUAGUGCAGAAAAUACGGUACUUGUAGAAGAAAAUACAUGAAUUUCCACCCACUACUGAAGAAAUCUGCUCCUCAAUGUCGAUUUUAAUAGUGACACACCAGUAGCACAGCUUCGCACUUAGCAUAGCUUACACAUUUACAUAGUGAUUCAUGGCUAUACUGUAAAUUCAAGAACAUAAACUAUCUAAUAUGACUAAUAAAGAUUACGCAAACACGUAACAUGGCAAGCACAAGACAAAGACUCUGACGAAUUUGCAGACAUACGUGAGCAUCACUUUGAUCGGAAGAAAAAAAAAAAAACAGCAUUAACAUCUCUUUCAAUAUAAUUUCUUACCAGUAGAAGACCGAUUUUUUUUUUUUUUUUUUUUUUUUUUUUGUAAAUGGGUGGACACUGUGCUCUCGAGGCCAGUGGAAUACUCUGCCCUCGCGGCCUGUAAGGAAUAUACUGGAGUCUCAUUUUAAUGAAUAUCAUAAUUACGCUGGCAUCAUUUUAAGUCACCACAUUGCAACGUAAACAACAAUAGCAACUUCCGUCGAAAUAGUUUUAAUAUCAAGCUGCAAAUUAUUUUCAAAGCUUGAAUAUUGUAGAUAAGUUACUACCAUGCAAAUAUUCAGGGAUGUUUUGAUCACAUGAUCGGAAAUCGGGCCGAUCGCGCCAUUUUUCAGAGGGUCUGAAUCGGAUGAAAAGGAUAGGGUUUCUGCUUCAUGCUCGUACAGCGCCACAGCCUCUCACCCUCCCUCCCUCCUAAGCAGCGUGGCCAAACUGUCCAGCUUGCAUUUUAGCACUUAAAGUUAACGAUGAUUGACAGGUUUGUAGCUUUGAUCUCGGCAGAGAGCUUGGUGGCUCUACGAUCAAUCAUUGUUAAACUUGCGAGAGGCUGUUCUCAGUAGUGUGAGGGGAUUUGAGUGACCUCACUCAAUUAAACAUUCAAUAAAGGCAAGCUGUUUUUCUAUGUUAUUCUUUUUUUAAAAUAAUACACAUUAUGAAGAUGGGACAGUAACAUGUGUGGAACUUUUGUUUAAAAAAAAAAAAAAAACUAGCUUUUUUCGGUAUCAGAUCGGGACUAUUGGCAGAUUCUCAAAACCAGGUGACUCGGACUCCGGGGCAAAAAUAUGCGAUCGGGACAGCCCUAAUACUGAAGCAACAUAUUUUAAUCAGGGCUCCCUUUUAGAAAAUUCAGAGUGCUCGCUGAAGAUACGCUAAAAUAUCAUGACGACACUUAGUUAUUUUUUUAAAAAUUGUUACAUAUGUGUCUAAAGCAUUUAAGAUUGUUGAGCCUAAAUUACAGUCUUACCAACUAAUAUUAUUUUUACAUGGGGAGAAACUCUGCCUUAAAUAUUGAUAGCUUUCCUCCCCCCAACUGAUAAGCUUUUUUUUUUUUUUUUUUUUUUUUAUUAUUAUUAUUAUUUAAGUAAUGACAUUUAUUAUUAAAUGAGUGUUAAAAAAUGAUAUUUAAAACUUCUGGAUUCAGUGCAAUUUUGGGCUUUUGUCUUCAAGGGUAUGUACUGUUUUCUUUUUAAUGUAAGACAAUCAUUGUUCAACAAAAUUGGAAUAUGCCCUGUGUUCAGUUUAAGUUGAUUUUCACAAUUCGUGCAAAUUAAGAGCAAAAAUAAAAUGACACAACAGUGCCUGCGUCUAACAAGCUACAAGGUGUAUUUAAAAGUAUAAUGACAAUUGACAAGUCAUUUUUUAUUUAAAGGAUUUUACCUGUGAUUGUUUUCAUGUCACUUUUAGUGAAUGCAGCAAGUACACAAAUGUAUUUUACUACCAAUCAAUGGAAUGAAUUACAUAUUUAUUGUAUCAUUUAGUCAUGUUAAUCAGGUGCUGAUGUUUUUUCAGAAAUUGAAGAAUCAUUGCCAUUUCGUGUGAGUCACAACCAUGUGUCCAAGGUAUUUCAUAGCCAUUUCGUGUGAGUCACAACCAUGUGUCCAAGGUAUUCCAUAGCCAUCUGCUGGCUUGACUGGUAUGAAACUGUCACCUUGAUUAACUCUUUUGGUGCCAUUGACUAUGAUAAAAAUCCAGUCACGUGACUUUUCUCAUCUCUGUUGUGAAUUACAGCGUUAUCACUAGUAAACGUCCAAUUUAUUGGACGUCCUAUUACUGUCAAUGGCAGCCAAUGAGUUAAUUGUGUGUCAGAGAACUUGAAUCUGCUUCUUGUUUUGAGAUACCAAAUGAUGAAAGAGCCUUUACAGAUUUUAUACGCACACAAUUGAAGGCACCAUUCACUUUUGUGUUAUCAACUGUUUGAGUACCAAAUGAAAACUGCAACAUAAUCCUGCUGUACUUUUGUGUUUUUUUGUUUUUAAAUUGCAUGCAUUUCAGCCAUUUAUUAUUGGAAGUUAUUUCCACCCUCAUAUUCAAAGAUGUCUGAGCUUAAUACAAUCCAAUAAUAAAUACAA